AUGUUGAAGGGGAAUAGUUUUUGGUACGUGAAAAUUCCCCAAAACUGCUCCUGGUGUUGGAGAAAGAUCUUGAAGUUGCAUGGGAUUGCUAGGGGCUUUCUCAAACAUGAAAUUGGUGAUGGUAAGAGCAUACACUUGUGGACUGAUAAUUGGCAUCCAUCUGGUGUGUUGGUGGAGAGAUAUGGUUAUAGAAUUGUAUAUGAUUCUCAGAGUAGGUUGGAUUCUAGGUUGGAUUCAGUUAUUCAAAAUGGUAAUUGUUGCUGGAAACCUGCUCGCUCUGAUUCUCUUGUAGAAAUUCAAAGCAAACUUUUUGAAAUUCAGUUUCGUGUUGCAGAUAAACCGAUCUGGACAAUUUUCAGGAGUGGCUCUUAUUCCAGUUCUGAUACUUGGGAUUUCCUGCGUAAGAAGAAGAAUGUUGUGGAGUGGUGGUCUCUUGUUUGGUUUCCCUAUGCCAUCCCAAAGCAGGCCUUUCUUCUUUGGCUUACUCUUCGCAAUAGACUAACAACUGGAGAUAGAUUGGCUAUUAGUUCUAUUGUCUAUGGGAUUUGGAGAGCUAGAAAUGAGAUUAAACAUGCUGGCCAUCCUCAUACAGAAAUGCAAAUUUUGAAGUUGAUCAUCUGGGAGGUGAGAACUCGGAUUGCAGGAUAA